AUGGAGUUGGUGGGGAAAGUCGUUAGGAAGGAGAUCGAGGGGUUUGGGUUUUGCUCCGGAACGGUUCGAUCUCACGAUUCGUCUGGAUUUCUCGAGAUCGUUUAUGAGAAUGGUGUUACGGAGAUUUCGGAAUUGGCUGAGGUUGUUGCUCUCGUGAUGGGAGAAGGGAAAUCCCAGGAAGCUCCGGUCCAAGUGAAGCCGCGAGUUGGUAAGAGGACAAGGAAGCGGCCUCGGGUCGAGAGGAUUGAUGAGAUCAAGCGAGACAGCUCUGCCGGAGGGCAGGAUGAGGUAAAUGUCAUGAGAAAUGUCGAUUUGAAUGAUGGAGUUACGGAGAAUUCGGGGGUUAGUGAUUGCUUUGGUGUUGAUUUGAGAGGGAACGUUGAUUUGAAUUGUGGUCCUGUGGGAACCCUAGGUGGUUCGACAUGGAAGGAGCCUGGGAUGGAUUUGAAUAGGUCUGUGCCGGAGCCUAGAGCUGGGUUUGAUCUGACUACCGGGUUGGAUUGGAAUUUAAAUGAAGGUUUAGGUUUGAUUAACGUAAAUGUCGACUAUGAGGAGAAUCUUAGUGACAAAAGGACGGGAUAUAUUGAUCUGAACAUGGAUCCCAGCUGUGAUUUGUACAAUGCUGGAGUCUGUGAUUUGAAUGCGCCGAAGAAGAAGAAGGGAGGAUUUGAUUUGAACUUGGAGGUUAGCGUGGAGAAUUGCAACGAAGACGAAUUCAUUCAAAUGAAUGGAAAUGGUACAGGUCAAGGAAUCAACAUGCAGGGUGCAAAUGGUGUCCAGGAUAAUCUUGAGACUGGAGAAUAUAAAGAAGUUCAUGUUGCUGAAGUCUCACGCGCUGAGCUUUUGGAGGAGAUACGGAAGCAGAACAUUGCUUCACUACAAGAUCUCAAUACUCCUAACUCUAAUGGGGUUGAGCGGGAUCAUGAUCGGCCUGAGCCUGAUGCUAAGAAUGAGGUUCUCUCUGAUAGGGAAAUUUCGGAUGAAUAUACAAGUGGUAGGAGGAAAAGAAGAAAAAGCUUGGAAAAUCCCAAUUUCACGAUGAGAAGAAGCGCUCGUAGGAUGUCAGCUCGAUCUCUUGUCAAUAGCACUGUUACAGCUUGCUUAGCUGACGAAGUAUCCCCUUCUCCGUCAGUUAGUAGUUUGACAGACGAGAAAACUUGGGUCGUUGAUGGAAAAUCUGAGAAUAUAUUUGUGCUUCCGCCAAAGCCACAAUUACCUCCAUCAUCAGAGACUUUGAAUUUAGAUGGUCUUCCCAUACUUGAUGUCUUUAGUGCUUACUCUUGCCUGAGGUCCUUCAGUACUUUGCUGUUUUUGAGUCCCUUUGAGUUGAAGGAUUUUGUGGAAGUGCUGAGGUGCAUGUCUCCUAGUCUAUUGUUCGAUAGCAUUCAUGUUUCUGUCUUGCAAAUAUUAAGGAAACAUUUGAAACAACUCGUUGCUGAAGGUGACCUAUCAGCCGCUGCUUGCCUGAGGAGUCUUGAUUGGGAUACUUUAGAUGUGGUUAAUUAUCCCCUUUUUGUGGCGGAGUACCUGCUAUUUUCUGGGUCUAAGGACAACGAUGGAGUGGAUCUAACUCGGUUUAACUUUUUCAGAAAUGAGUAUUUCAGACAGCCCAUGGAUUUGAAGAUUAAGAUACUUAGCCGUUUGUGUGAUGAUAUGACACAGGCUGAAGUUGUGAGAUCAGAGCUUAAUAAAAGAUGUUAUGCAGCUGAGUUUGAAAUGGAAAUUGAUAGGAAGACGAACACACAAGUGCGACGCAGAAAGCAAAAUAUGAUGGAGCUGGCAGAUGAUUUUCCUUUGAAUGAUGAGGUCAUCGAUGGUCAGUUUGACCGGAACAGUGACGACUGUUAUCUUUGUAAAAUGGAUGGGAACUUACUGUGCUGUGAUGGUUGUCCGGCUGCCUAUCAUUCUAAGUGUGUCGGUGUUGCCAGUCACCUUUUGCCUGAGGGUGACUGGUACUGCCCUGAAUGUUCAUUUGAUCGGCGUGUACCAGGAUUGAAGCCUGUAAAGCAAAUUCGAGGAGCAGAGUUUAUAGAGAUUGAUCCCCAUGGCCGAAAGUACUACAGCAGUUGUGGCUACUUAUUGGUGAUAGAUACAGCUGACCCAGGCUCAUUGAACUACUACCAUGUAAAUGAUGUGAUCCUUGUAUUGGAGCAGCUCAAGUCAUGCGAUAGUUUAUAUACUGGCGUAAUAAAAGCAGUGAAAAAACACUGGGAUAUCCCUGUUGGGCUGAAAAGGACAACCAGCGGUGUGAAUUCACAAAUGUCGAUUUGCUUUGAUAAGUCAGCCAAAGGAAUGACUACUUCUAUUGAUGGGUUUAAGGCUCCUCUACGAGCUCCAGAAAAAGAGCCAACAUCUGGAGUUAAGAAAAGGCUGGACGAAACAUGCAGCAAUGGAGGUUCACAUAAUCAUUGUCAUAGGACUCGUCGGAAGAUAUCAGGUUCAGCUACUGGGCUAGAUAUCCUUAAUAUAACUUCUGAAGGAUCUGCUGAAACGGUACAAAAUGGUUUGGUUGUCCAGAGUCCUCAUGAGCCAGCACCAUCAGGCAUUUUGGAUCUCAUGAAAGAGUCAAAUUUGGAUAUCCAUUCGUCUUCCCAUUCUUUGGUUAGAAUGAACACAAGGAAAGGACCGGACGUGCAGAGUGACACAGGCUACAGAAACCAGUACAUAUUUGCUCAGAUGACUAGAGCAAUUUCUGAAGAGAUGAUGCGUAAGUCACCUAUCCCUACCGAUGAUGUGAGAUCUGAUGAAGAGAUAGCCUCUACCCAGGUGAAGACUAUAUUGAUGAAAACCACCAAAUUUCAAUGGCGAAACAUCCAAGGCCUCUAUCUAGAUGCAUGGAAAGAAAAAUGCGGCUGGUGUCAUUCUUGCAAAUCGGAGGAUGCCGGUGGUGCGACAAAUUGUUUGUUUAACAUGAGUCUCGGGACUUUACGGGGUCCUUCAGAAAGUGAAGUUGCUAACAGUCAAUCUACUGAUAAGAAAAGUCAUCUUAUGCCUAUCAUAUGCCAGAUGUUAUCUAUGGAAAGUCGACUGCAAGGUCUUUUGGUUGGUCCAUGGUUGAAUCCACAGCACUCCACGAUCUGGCGUGAACACAUUCUGAACGCAUCAGAUAUAUCAAGCUUGAAACAUCUAUUAGUUGAAUUAGAGGCGAACUUGCAUCAUCGUGUUCUUUCACUUGAGUGGCUUAACCAUGUCGAUUCUGCCGUAGAAAUGGGCUCAGCUAAACACAUUCUCAUUGCGACACGAUCAUCGUCAAAGUCUGCUAUUGGUAAAAGACGGGGGACAUUGUUGGAGUCUGGGGUUAACCCUACUGCAAAAAAAAAUGGUGGAUUUACCAUGUGUUGGUGGAGAGGCGGCCGACUUUCACGGCAAUUAUUCAACUGGAAGGUUUUACCUCGCUCUUUGGUCUCGAAAGCGGCUAGACAAGGUGGAAGUAUGAAUAUUUCAGGAAUACUGUAUCCUGAGAAUUCAGAGCCCGCUAAGAGAAGCCGACGUGUUGUGUGGGAAGCAGCUGUUGGGUCAUCUACGACUUCAGAGCAGCUCGGUUUUCAGGUGAGGACACUCCACUCUUACAUAAAGUGGGAUGAUAUUGAAAACAGUCAUCUUAUCCCUGCAUCGGACAAAGAAUCCAAAAAAUCUGCCAGGCUGUUCAAAAAGGUGAUUGUCCGUAGGAAGUGCAUAGAGGAAGAAACUGUGAAAUAUCUCCUUGACUUUGGUAAAAGGAGAAAUGUUCCGGAUGUUGUGUUGAAGAAUGGUCGCAUGAUUGAAGAAUCCACGAGUGAAAGAAAAAAGUUCUGGGUAAAUGAAUCAGAUGUGCCUUUACAUCUUCUGAAAGGAUUUGAAGAGAAAAAAGCUGUUCGAAAAACUAGUAAGCCAGGAGGCACUUUCAGAAAUUCUGAGAUAGACAAAGUACGGCAAAGGUCCUCAGAGGGAAGAGGAUUCUCGUACCUAUUUGAAAGGGCAGAAAGAUCCGAGUCCUCUUUGUGUGAGCAGUGUAAGAAAUAUGUGCCUUUGAGUGAUGCUGCGUGCUGCCACAUCUGCAAAGGAUCAUUUCACAAAAAGCAUAUCAAGAGGGCGGAUAAGGAAGGCAUGUUCAUCUGUCUUCCUUGCAGAAGUGAAGUUCUUGCAAAAGAACAACCCGUUGUACGGAAAAGAGGGCGGCCCCCAGGGAGUUUCCGUAAGAAAAUUGGAGUUCAGACACAAAAGCGUAAAAAGGUCGUCAUACCUGCUCGCAAAUCAACUCGGCUAAUGAAGACUAAAACCUCACUGGCAGAGAAAAUUUCCGUUCGGUUGAAGAACCAUAAAAAGGUUGUUGCAAGCAAACCAUUGCGGCGUUCAGGCAGGAGACCGAAACAUGUUGUUCGCUUGCAGGAUGAGAGUAAAGUUCCUGAAGGGAGUAAGAAACGGAAGCUGGAAACCAAAAGAGGCAGAGGCAGGCCUAAGAAAAUAAAACAAGAGAUUUCCAUAAGAAAUAAGAGAACAGAACGGUGCUGCAGCUAUUGGUCGAAUGGACUCCUCUUAUCCAGAAAGCCUGGUGAUGAACGUGUCAACAAGUUCCGGAGAGAUAAAUGUUUUGUACCUUCGGAGAACUCGGGUUCUGAUCAUGAUCCACCUAAGUGUCAUUUAUGCGGCUCAACUGAAUCGGAGUCUGGAUCAACUUCCAUCGCUUGCGAAAUCUGUGGAGAGUGGUACCAUGGAGAUGCAUGUGGGAUUAACGAGGAGAAUUCAAGUAUGGUGAUUGGAUUCCGGUGCCAUCUCUGUCGCAAAAUGUCUUCUCCCACCUGUCCACAAAUGAGAGCUACUACAUCCCCUGUCCCAUCCUAA